AUGGUCAGAACGGUGAUAUCUCUUCGAACCUCCGGACUCCUUGCCGCAAAUGUCUCAAAACCGCGCGCUCUUCAUUCAUCCCCACUGAAGGCAGCUAUCGCACACCCGGUUACUGCUCAUGGACCCCCUCCUGAAGCUCCUUCGCCGUCCCCAGACUUUGUUGCGCCAUCAGAGACCAAGCCACCCCAGGAAAGCGAGCCGCAACCACGGCCAGUUAAGAGACCUACAGCACUGAGGAAGCGGUUCUGGAAGGACGUUGACGUACAACGAAAAGAUGCACAUACAGGGAGCGAUUACCAAGUCCUGCUAGACAGACGGCCAGUCCGAACUUCUUCAAAAAGCGUCCUGUCGGUACCGUCCACGAAGCCACACCUGGCGCAUGCGAUUGCUUUAGAAUGGGAUGUCAUGAAUUCAGCGCAACAAGCUCUGAAGAAUCACCUGAUUCCCCUAACAUCCCUCACUGCACGUGCGGCUGAUAUUGCGCAGGAGGACGCCGCCGGGGAAACAGUCACACGAGAGCAGAUAAUUAAGACGGCGAUGCGUUAUCUUGAGACGGACACUUUACUUUGCUGGGUGCCUGCAGACGCCAAUGACCAGGAAAAUCUCCGGAAAGCUCAAAUGAGGGCUGCAAAUGAUAUCAUUGCAUUUCUAAGCACAAAGGUAUGGCCGGGCGUUGAGAUCGUGCCUGUCUUGGACGGAGAUAGUAUCUUCCCUGCUUCUCAGUCCGAAACAACAAAUCAUGUGAUCCGACACUGGGUUCGAAGUUUGGAGGCCCACGAUCUAGCGGCUCUCGAAAGAGGUAUACUUGCGUCCAAGAGUCUUCUGGUUGCUGUCAGGCUAGUGACCGAGUGGAGCGAGAACUUCCGCCAGCUGCAACAACUGGAUCAAAAGAGAUUUGGUAUUGAAGAGGCAGCUGAGGCGUCCAGCCUCGAAGUCAGAUGGCAAACGGAUAUGUGGGGUGAGGUCGAGGACACCCACGAUGUCGAUAAGGAGGAUCUGAAGCGACAACUUGGAAGCGUUGUCCUUCUGCUAAGGCAUGUCGGAAAAGGGAGAAGGAGUGCUUUGGCACUGGCGGUUUUGCAUCGCGACAAAUCCAAAGAGAAUCACGAAGAGGCUGGCAGUCGCGACAACGCCUCGCCCGACUCUACCGCUUCGUCGCCAGUUAACAACAGCAGCAGCCUGUCUAUAUCGGCCGACUACGUACCUAGAGACGUUCGGAAAUCGCAGGCAACAACCAUGCCUUCAGAAUUGGAAGUUCCUAUGCCUCCAGACGGCUUGUCUCUUGACCAGUCCGUCAGAACUUUCCGCCUCUUCGAGAUCCUGCGUAGCGGCGACACGACCGCAAUCUCCAAAGCUAUCAAGGAAAGCAAUGAUCCACAGUGUGCAAACAGCCUGUCAGGCACAACGAUCCUCCAUCUAGCGAUCCAGUGUGCGGAGCCUCAGGUCGUUGAGUAUGUACUGUCGGCCGGUGACGGUAUCGACAUCAAUGUGCGGGAUCGAGAGGGCAAUACACCCCUUCAUCUUGCUGCCCAGCUCGGUCGCGGGCCUGUGGUACGCGAACUACUGAACCAACCGGAAAUUAACGACUCUAUCGUCAACUACCGUGGACAAACGGCGCUGGAAGCUUCGCGAGCGCCAGAAAUCUUCCAGCAGUUGCAACUUGCUCGGUCACUCUUUAUAGACAGCAAGACGAAGGAGCUCCAAUCACUGCUCACAGACUAUGAUAAAUUAGAAAAGUUGUUGGAAGAGCCCCGCGUUGAGGGUAUUUUGGAUGUCAAUUCUCUGGACCUCGUUACGGAUCCCGCCACCCUGCAAUCAGGCGGCACCCUCCUACAUGAGGGCGCUAGGAAAAAAGAUACAAAGCUCAUCCAGAUCCUUUUAAUGCACGGAGCGGACCCUUUUCGUCGCGACAAAAAGGGCAAGCUGCCACAGGAUGUGACCAAGGAUGACAGGACACGAGCUAUUGUCAAGAAAUCACCUGCCGCCGUCAUAGCUCAGCGGGGUAUCCAAGAAAAGGCUAUUCUGGGUACUGGCCCGACCGUCGGGUCCUGCGGUAAAGACUCUCGCGAGAUGAAAGGCUACCUGAAGAAAUGGACAAACUAUACUAGUGGGUACAAGCUGCGAUGGUUUGUGCUCGAGGAUGGUGUUCUAAGUUAUUACAAACAUCAGGACGACGCCGGCUCCGCCUGCCGCGGAGCAAUCAACAUGAAAAUUGCGAGGCUUAACAUGGAUUCUCAGGACAAAACCCGUUUCGAGAUCCAUGGCAAAUCAUCGGUCAAAUAUCAUCUCAAGGCAAACCACGUUGUCGAGGCGAAGCGUUGGUUCUGGACACUCAACAACGCCAUUCAAUACUCGAAAGAUGAAGCCAAGGAGGAAGAAAAGCGCCAAACAAAGGAGGAAGCACGUUGUCGAGCUUUACAGGAAUCUCUUUUGGCUCCUCCGGCGCCCACAAAACUCAGCACCCACACAUCUCGUACCACUCUCGAGGGCGUGCCUGCUGACGAUGACGGGUCGUUGUAUGGCUCUCUAGAGCAAGGACCAUCCCAGAGUGAUAUCAACAGGGUGGAUGAACACCCUGUAGAUGACGAAGACGAUUAUGCCUCGAGCCGCGAGACACCGCCUACCGACAAGGAUGCCAUGAACAUCACUGCACAGUCUGCGAAGCUUCAGCUUGAUAUCCUUGCUAGCGUUGCAUCAUCAUUACAAGCGGAGAGGUCAAAUAACCCAUCCACCAUGCUUUCGGACGAGGCGGUUGGCCAAGCCUUAACUGCAUACGAGGGGGCCGUGAGCAGCUUGAAUGAUUUGGUGCAGAAUCUUCUGAAAAUAUCUCGAGAUCGCGAUUCAUACUGGCAAUAUCGGCUGAACCGGGAAGCACAUCUCCGUAAAAUGUGGGAGGAGAGCAUGGCACGCAUUGCCCAAGAGCACGAAGAGUUACAGUCCAAAAUGGGCGAGUCGGAGGAGAAGAGGCGGCGUACGAAGCGAGCUCUCAAAGAAGCACUAGAAAGCCACUCCAUGGACGAUACGAAGCCACAGACUCCAGAGGGCGAGCGGCCGCCGCUACAUCGCAAAAAGUCCGCCUUGUCGGAAAUCAGUAUUUAUACAUCUGACUCCGAUGAUGAAGAGGAAUUCUUUGAUGCUAUUGACGCUGGAGAGAUUGAGGUUGUAGCGCCUACAAUCUAUGAAGGAGAGACUGCUUUGGACAAACUUCGUGCUAUAAGACGGUCGGAGAUUUCACCGUCCUUCAAGGGCUAUGAAGAGCCCAUCAGAGAGAGGCUCAAAAUGGACUAUGACAAUCGGCCCAAAAUCUCGCUUUGGGGCAUUCUAAAGUCCAUGAUCGGAAAGGAUAUGACAAAAAUGACUCUCCCUGUCUCGUUCAACGAGCCUACAUCGCUUCUACAGCGUGUAGCUGAAGAUCUCGAGUAUACAGAUCUUCUCGAUAUUGCAGCCGACCAGACUGAUUCCAUGGAGCGACUGGUAUACGUUGCCGCCUACGCUGCAAGUGAAUACGCCUCCACUAUCGGACGUGUUGCAAAGCCGUUUAAUCCGCUCUUGGGUGAAACGUUUGAAUAUGUCAGACCGGAUAAGGGUUAUCGAUUUUUUGUUGAACAAGUCAGCCAUCACCCACCAAUUGGAGUUGCUCUGGCCGAAUCACCAAAGUGGGACUAUUGGGGCGAAUCGUCUCUCAAAUCCAAAUUUUAUGGCAAAUCCUUCGACAUCAACUUGUUGGGCACUUGGUUCCUGAAACUUCGUUCUGCGUCGGGAGGCGAAGAGCUCUACACCUGGAAAAAGGUCACGUCCUCUGUUAUUGGCAUCAUCACCGGUAAUCCUACCGUUGACAAUUAUGGGUUGAUGGAAAUCAAGAAUUGGACCACCGGCGAGGUAUGCUACCUAGAUUUCAAGCCUAGAGGCUGGAAGGCGUCUUCAGCGUACCAGGUGACAGGCAAGGUUGUUGAUAAAGAGGGGUCGCCCAGAUGGAGUAUCGGUGGCCGAUGGAAUGACAAGAUCUAUGCCCGCCAUACUCCCGGGUUUGAAGCAGCAGUGUCUGGACAGGAUCCAGAGUCCGCCAAGACUAUUUUGGUCUGGCAGGCUAAUCCUCGUCCGACUGGCAUUCCGUUCAACUUGACCCCCUUUGUCAUUACGCUCAACGCUCUUACUGAUAGCUUGCGACCGCAACUCCCACCCACCGAUACCCGUCUUCGUCCAGAUCAGCGUGCAAUGGAAGAGGGCGAAUACGAUUUCGCUGCUAACGAGAAGCAUCGUGUCGAGGAGAAGCAGCGUGCCAAGCGAAGGGAAAGGGAAGCCAAUGGCGAAGAGUACAAGCCCAAGUGGUUCAGCAAAGACAAGUGUUCGAUCACGGGAGAAGAAUACUGGGCGCACACGGGCGACUACUGGGGCUGCAGGGCUAAGCAGGAUUGGAGCAAAUGCGAGGACAUUUUCUAG